AGAAAUGUGUUUUUGAUGUAGUUGUUACCUUGCUGCCUCUUGUGAGUAGCAUUCGGGUUGAUCAGGGUUAGGUUUACUCUGCACCGAGCCUGUUGAAAUCUGAUCCUUUCUCCUAACCCUUCCCGCAGUAGGGAAACAGUGACCCUCAGAGUGGGAUCUGCUUCACUUGUAAUGAACACAGACAGUGAGCUUUUACAAAUAGUGAAUUAUUAAAUAUUAUCAAAAACUAGUUAAAAUCAUUCUCCAGUCACUUAUGUUAAAAUUCUGCUUUUCAAUUUUAUUAUAGCCUUUUUACCAUGUGAAAUUUUAUUAUAGUGACUUCCUCACCUUUUCAGACUGAUAGACCCUAGGAAUUUUGAAAAUGACCCAAAUUGUUUGAAGACUUUAAGUGUAAACACCUCAUAUUUUAGUUCUGUAUAUCUUACAGCCAGGUAACUUGAGAUUGGAAUACCUACAGUAAAUUCAGGGCUUUUCUAUCUCUAUAAUUACUUUAACGUGGGGUACCUAAUCCCACGUGGGAUGGCUAUAAUUAUUUCUGUUGCCUUUUUGCCUCUAAUGGAGUAACUCCGUCGGCAGUUACCGCAUUCUGUGCUGAAAUACUGGUUUGCUAAAUCCACAGGAAAUAAAAUGGUAGAGCCAGAGGAAAGGGAAUAGUUAAUCACGGAGGAGGAGGGACGCAGCCCAGCACUUUGCCUAGAGGCCGCUGGGAAAGUGACGUCCUGUAGCAUUUGCUGUUCUAGAAAGUACAGAGACACGUAGUGCAAAUGGGAGGGUCUAGAAGGAGGCCGGCUCUGGUGUGGUGUAUAUUUAUCUGUAAGUGAGCUGCUGGGGAAGGGAUUAAUAGAGACGCUGCCUGCUGCCUCCAGACAGCUGAGCCCAAUCGCUGAUUGCUUUAACUUUUAAGACACCCAGCUUGCUUCAUUCUUUCGGAAUCGUCGUAUUGCUAAGACUGGGGACACUGUUUUCUUUUACAAAGGAAAAUCUAAGUUCAUUUCAAGGCAUUCGAAAUGGGGAAAGACUAUUAUUCAAUUUUGGGAAUUGAAAAAGGAGCUACAGAUGAAGAUAUUAAAAAGGCUUACCGAAAACAAGCCCUCAAAUUUCAUCCGGACAAGAACAAAUCCCCUCAAGCAGAGGAGAAAUUUAAAGAGGUCGCAGAAGCUUAUGAAGUAUUGAGUGAUCCUAAAAAGAGAGAGAUUUAUGAUCAGUUUGGAGAAGAAGGGUUGAAAGGAGGAGCAGGAGGUACUGAUGGACAAGGAGGAACCUUCAGGUACACCUUUCAUGGGGAUCCUCAUGCCACAUUUGCAGCCUUUUUUGGAGGCUCCAACCCCUUUGAAAUUUUCUUUGGAAGACGGAUGGGUGGAGGUCGAGAUUCUGAAGAGAUGGAGAUAGACGGAGACCCCUUUAGUGCCUUUGGAUUCAGCAUGAAUGGAUAUCCAAGAGACAGGAAUUCUGUGGGACCCUCCCGUCUCAAGCAAGACCCUCCUGUUAUUCAUGAACUUAGAGUAUCUCUUGAAGAAAUAUAUAGUGGCUGCACCAAACGGAUGAAGAUCUCUCGAAAAAGAUUAAACCCUGAUGGAAGGAGUUACAGAUCUGAGGACAAAAUUCUCACCAUCGAGAUUAAAAAAGGGUGGAAAGAAGGCACCAAAAUUACUUUUCCGAGGGAAGGUGACGAAACACCAAACAGUAUCCCAGCAGACAUUGUUUUUAUUAUUAAAGAUAAAGAACAUCCCAAGUUUAAAAGAGAUGGAUCAAAUAUAGUUUAUACCGCUAAAAUCAGUUUACGGGAGGCACUGUGUGGUUGCUCAAUUAAUGUGCCAACAAUGGAUGGAAGAAACAUACCUAUGUCAAUCAGUGAUAUUGUGAAACCUGGGAUGAGGAGAAGAAUUAUUGGAUAUGGGCUGCCGUUUCCAAAAAACCCCGACCAGCGUGGUGACCUGUUAAUAGAGUUUGAUGUGUCCUUCCCAGAUGUCAUAUCAUCGUCAUCCAAAGAGAUCCUUAGGAAGCAUCUCCCUGCCUCAUAGAAUGAGAAGAACCUUGCUACCCAUGUUUUGAUAAGACACUGAAAAUAUAAAACGAAUGGCAGUGGACUGAUGUGCAUUCUCUGUAGAGCUGUGUAAACGCCUCCGAGGGUUCAUGAAAGUGCAUGGAUAGAGACGGGUCAAAUAGGCAAAGUGGAUUUUUACAGCAGAGCUGAAGAAAAAAAUCACUCACUGUAUUGUAUUUCAUUUCUCCCAAAUCAGAAACUUCUAGUAUUUCAUUUAUAAGUAAAAGUUGGUUUUGUGGUCAGUAGAUAUACCUCUAGUAAAGUCCUAGAUCGCCCGAGUACUUUACUGUGUGUGUCUUUAAGUGAUCAAUGUGAUAGACUUCCCUAGUAGAAAUUAAAAUUCUUACCUGUACAUGUAAUAUGUGGGGGAGAAUAAAAGACAAGGUCACGUGGAAGUGUGACCCAGGCCACCUUCAGAAAUGCUCCUUCGGGCUGGUACCAAUAGACGAAAGUACUGACGCGCAGUUCUCCACCGUGACCGCGCAGUUCUCCACUGUGACUGCGCGGUUCUCCACCGUGACCGCGCGUGUGCUGUCGCAUUUCUUAAGAGUAUGGUCUCAGUGCUCUUAGAGCCGCCCUCUUCACGAAAGAAAAUGAGCAGCAGUUUAUCUCCUGUGGAACUCCCAAUAGCCCGAAUUACUGAUACUUUAGCAACUGACCAUUGGUAAAUGGCCACCUGUACUUUUAUGCAACUUUGACUACAUAUCUUGAACUAAAUACAAUGAGCUUAUUUUGUUUAUUAGUUUAUGAUAAUUUGUUUAGUAACAUUUGUUUUUAGAGAAAAUACUGCUACCUGGCAUUAAUUUUCCAUUUAUAGUCUUCUAUCAUAAUAUGCUAUAUGUACCUUACAUAAUUUCCCUAAGAACAGUGAGCUACCACUAUGUGUUAAACCAAAUAUGGAUAGACUAGACACUACUGCUGCUCACGGGUCAUGUUGCUCCUAGUUGUUAUGCAUAUAAAUAUCUUACUUUUUCAUGUAUAUAGAUUGUGUUUCUUAGGUGUUUUAAUUUUUUAAAUAUAUUUACAUUUAAAAAUUA